UUUAUGGGGACGGCAAAUGGUAACGGACUAGGAAGUGUUGCUGGUGCAUAUCGCUUGAAGGAGAUUUGACCGCUGUAGCCGAAUGCUGAAUUAAAUGAUGUAUGCUUUGGGUAUAAUGUAGGUGGCAUAUGAAUAUAACUCCAAGUUGCAUCCGAUGUGACGGUGGUAAACAUAAAUGGCAUAUCCAUAGAUAGCAUAUCCAAACUAGCUUGCGUUGUAGCUAAUAGAACAGCAAUAACUCAUCUAAAGUAAACUCUUUCUUAUUUUUUAUCGUCUGUGCUAAACCGAGAUUGUUUGGGUUUUUUAUGGAUAAUAUAUGACCAUGAAGGUCACUAGGCUUUUCUUACGUGGCUGCACCAUAUCUAUAUUGAAGUUGGCUUUCAAGCCCAAGGUGUUUCCUUGUACCUUUGUGCCGUCUCCAGAUUCAGGUUUCUGCUAUUAUAAUCCAAGGUGGCUUCAUUGCGGUUCGGCCUUUUGCAAGAACAAAUCGGACAGCGAAGAACUUCAGAAAAUAGUUGAGAAUGAGCCUCAGAAGAAUGACAGGUCUUUGGUCACACAUGAUGACCUGUUUGAGCGAACAUCCAAAGACUCCAAAACUAAAGCCAGUUUCAACAAAGUGGUCGAGGUUUUCAGCAAAAAAGACAUCCGACGACGUGGACACGUGGAGUUUAUCUAUGCUGCUCUGAAGAAAAUGCCAGAAUUUGGAGUAGAACGGGACAUAGCCGUCUACAACAAAUUGCUGGACGUGUUUCCCAAAGACGUGUUCGUGCCACAGAACUUUAUCCAAAAGAUGUUCAAUCACUACCCCAGGCAGCAAGAGUGUGGAGUGCAGCUGUUGGAGCAGAUGGAAAACUAUGGAAUCAUGCCCAACGUGGAAACCAAGGUCCUCCUGGUUCAGAUCUUUGGAAAGAAGAGCCACCCCAUGAGGAAGUACCAGCGAAUUAUGUACUGGUUUCCCAAGUUUAGGAAUGCAAACCCAUUCCCAGUGCCACGCGAGCUCCCAAAAGACCCCGUGGACCUUGCCCACUUCUCUCUCACCCGUAUCGCUAAUGACCUAGAUGCUACAGUUACCGUUUAUCAGCACCCAUUAACAGACAUCACAGAGACAGGAGAGGAAAUUUCACAACCGCAUAUUGUAGGCAUUCAGAGCCCAGAACAGCGCGCUCUGUUGGCCAAGCACAACCCAAACAGACCCGUGUUUGUGGAGGGCCCCUUCCCACUGUGGCUCAGGAAGACCUGUGUCCAUUACUAUCUGCUCCGUGCUGAGCCUGUCCCCCCUGAGGAGAAGCUAGAGGAGGAGCUCGAUCCAGAACUUGUUGGUCCUGAGCAAAGCCUCUUCUACCCCCAGCUUCUUAGUCUUGAUCUUAAUAGAGACUUGGGAGAUGAUGACAGCUUUGACAUUGAUGAAGUGGAGGAGGGCCCAGUGUAUGCCAUGUGCAUGACAGGUGGGGGAGACCAAGCCACCCUGGCCCAUUGGAUUUGCAGACUGCAGGAGACCAACCCCAUCCUGGGACGGGUCCCCACAUUCUUCCGCCUGGAGGCUGGGUCCGGAGAGCUCCAGACAGCUGCAGGUGUGCAGUACAACCCAGGACAAAAUCCACAAGCGGGGCCAGAAAUGGAGCACAUCACAGAGCAGGAAGCAGCGCGCUCGCAGGGGAUGAAGCAGUGACUGGCUGUAGAAAGACGUUUCCCAGACUGCAGUGGUAAUAGAGGUGUGGUUGCAUUCAGCAGCAAAGGCCGGAUGGAGGAUUUGGGUUGUUUUUGUUUUUUUCUGUAGUAAUCAGGAUAAACUGGUCAUUAAACAAAACUGGCCACAAACAAGUUGUCUGGCAUGAAACAAA